UUGUCCGGGUGUUUUAAGGCCUGGGACUGAAGCGCGUCUGGUUUCGUUUGAGUCCAUUUUGGAUCCACGUUUGUUCGGCGUUAUUAAGUCUUUACUGUUAUUGGGUUUGCGCUUGCCGACUUUAACGCUAAAACGUUUUGUUAUUCUCUCUCCCAAAUCAUCAAGGAGGGUUUUUUGGAUCUGUUCUUUUCGCGUUUUUCAUCCCUCAUCAACAAAUCGUGCUCAAGCCUACUGACGAUUAGACGUUCCAGAAUAUUCAUUGCCAGCCAAGAUUAGCUCUGUGAUGUUGAGGUUGCUCGCUGUGUUUGUGUCCACUGUCUUAACUGGCGUGUUUCCGGAUGAACAUAGUCAUGUAGUGAGUUUCUUGGGUCAUAAAUUCUUGUGUAUAUUAUUACCUUCCUUAUCUAAAUUCGUAGAUCAUACUUCAAGACUUCCGUUUUACUGGCCAACGGUCCUGUUGAAGGAAAGAAAAGAAACGUUACUGGUCAGUGUAGGUUCGUUCGACUUAGUCUUUUACUUUGGCGAUCCUGUACGCUAGUGAAGGUUCAGUACUGUCAGUUUUUAUGACUAACGGCCUGUAUUGAGCCAAGCAGUCAUUUUCAGAGUUGGCGGAUAAAUUGUAUUUAAAGAACUAACGCCUGUCGAAUUGUCUUCAGUAAUAAGGAUAGGAGGACUAUCGACCUAUAUUAAUCCUUGCAGUUUGUAGCACUGUGGAGGUCAAAUCUCGUUUUGAAUAUAUUAACAGAAGGUACCUAAUGACGAGUUAUUUGAUUGGAACUGUCCGUUGUAAUCUACUAGGUGUUUGUUAUCUAUCUUGUUCUGAAGGGUUCUGCAGUCUUUUUGCUGUGUUCAAUCACAAUUAAACUGGGGGAAAGUGAUACUUUCGCAUAACCAGGACACAAACAGACUCGGAACUAUUACGUUCUCAUUUCUUUGGACGAAAAAUAUGCAGAUAUUAGUCAGUAUAUAGUGAUUGUUAUUACACCACAUUAUAUAUUAAGGUCCCCACCAUUCUUUGGGAAAAUAUUGAAAACACAAAAUGGUGGCGCUCAAGUUAACUCAGAAUAUAGUUCUCCCCUAUAAUUCCCCGAAAGUUUCCUUAUACGUUUCCAAGGUCGGUCGUUUGACGGCAUUCUAAUACACUGAACAAUCGACCACGCCAUCACAGCCGUUGUUUUAAUGUAUACGCUAGUAUUCGACAGUACACAUUGUUAGCUGUCAUUUUUGGACUCUUGGGAUGCAGUGAUGUAUAGAGACUACUGAAGGUUUGCUGUUCACGACUCUAUUUCCCUUUUGCCUACAUAUACCAUCAGUAAAGAUUUGCUAUACAGGGAAAGUGAACCAAGUUUAAAAAUAUCUCAAUAACUUAAUCUUUCACUGUGAUAUCUUGUUGAUUGUAUAUCACUGUUUGCAUGCAAAGCAAAUAUCAGCAAAGCUUUGUUCUUUCCAUAUUCAACUUCGAACUUGAAAUAAAUGCUUUUCGACCCAAGAUACCAUCACACCAACGUAUCGAUACGCAACGAACAACGGAAUAGUCAAAGCAACAGUCAUAUCAUUGAUAGCGAACAAGACAAGAAUUUUAUUAUCACGAAACCUGAUAAAGGAACAGAUACUGUCCAUGUGGCCGACUGAACUGUCUGCGUCAAUGUAACUGCUUCGUUAGGGUGAAAUUACGACUAUUAUUCCAAAGUCCGCUUGUUACAGUAGAUAUACUUAAUUAGAUGGACUGGCGGUGGCUCCAGAUUUUAUCUAUAAGGUCCACGAAAUGACCGUGAAAUACUUUUGUAUAUAUCUUAGGUGGUGUGGUUGGGUGUGGCCCAGAUGUAGUCAUCAUUAAUAUCCCUUUAAGGUCAGGGUUUUAAUAACAUUUCAUACUUUUCAUUUAUUAUCUUUGUACUCUGUUUUGUAUAUUUUUUAUGCCACUGAUAUUAUUAUGUCUAUUCAUGUUAAAAUCUUUUGUUGGGAUUAUUUGAACAAUGGGAAUCUGAACAUUUUUUCCUUUUUUGUAUUUGUUAGUUUUUUUGCAUAAGUAACUUGUUGAAAUACCCUGUGCUGAGAAUUCUAUAUUGUACCAAAAUAUAAUACUGAAUGAAGCCAUUAAUUAGUAAAUAAUAAUAAUAAUAAUGAAAAUGCGUGUAAGAUCAUUUGUUGAUAGUGAAUGACUGACUGUCGUGAAUCACCGAGAUGUCAGUUGCAGUUGAUGGGGGGUAGCUACUUUAUAAAUGUUCGCUCUUAUCAUAACUGUUGACUUUUGCUUGCAUUUUCAACCUUAGUUUCCAUGCAGUUGAAUCAAAUGCUAACUAAACCGUCUUCUUACUAAGGAAUUUAUCACAAUUCAGACAUGCCAAAGUAUGUGUUGGAUUUUAUUAAUUGCUGCAUUUUUGAUGAGUCAUUCUAAUUGUAUGACUUCAUUUUUAGUAUGAUGUUGCAGAAGAAGUGGUUCUAUGGAUGAACACUAUUGGACCAUAUCAUAAUCGUCAAGAAACUUACGGAUACUUUACCUUGCCUUUUUGUCGUGGACCUAAAAUUUCAAUUGAACAUACCCAUGAAACUUUGGGUGAAGCUUUACAGGGGACAGAACUUCAAUAUAGCGGGAUAGAUAUUCGAUUUAAAAGUGGGUAUAUUUUUUUAUAAACUCUUCUGAAUUAGUUAACAAACCUAAAUCAACGAUGUGUGAAGUUGAUGUCAAUUCAGAUGCUUACAUAGCUUUUAGUAAAGCUGUUGAGCAACAAUAUUGGUAUCAAAUGUAUUUGGAUGAUCUACCGAUUUGGGCUGUUGUUGGGGAGAUAAGCAAAGACGGUCAUCCUAGUAUUUGGACUCAUAAAGAACUGGAAAUCGGAUAUAAUGAGAAUCAAAUAGUUUUUGUCAAUUUAAUCAACGGUGACUUGACUCCUUUAAAACUGAACACCAAAAUUACAUUCUCGUAUAAGGUAAGCUGUCUACUAUUCCGUCUCAAAUUUCUGAAUAUUACAAACUUCAGUAUAUUUACUUACAAUUUAAAGUCUACGGUAUUUAAUAGAGUGAAACUUUAUGAUGUUGCACAUUGUUUUUAUUCCUGUCUGUCAACCGUCGUCCUAUUAGUUGGUUAUCUUCGAAUAUACAAUAUAAAUCAAGGUAAUUCAAAUUACUAUCAAGUACACCUUCGUAUAAAAUAAGUUAGAACGUUUAUUUGUCUUCAUGUCCACUCUUAUUAAGGUUACGAACAUUAUUUAAUUAAGUAACAUUUAGCUAAUAGUAGUAUUUGAUCAGAUAAUAUUCGUAACCUUCCUAAUACUAUUCAAGUGGAUCCAUUAACAAACAAGACCGGAGGUAACAUCUGUUCCAAAGAAGUUGCUGUUCUUGGAGCUAUAGUUCUAAAUUGGUGUUACCGGUAAAGUAAUAACAUAAAGGUUAGGAAAAGUUGUUCAGAAAAGAUUUAUUAUUCCCAAUCGUCACGCAAUGAGAAUCGCCAAUAACGAUAAACUGUCUGAAUUCGCUAAAUUCAUGUGUGUUUAUGAAUUAAACUGCUCCUGCUGAGCUAGUUAUAUAAUCGUUUUGGUUAACCAAAAGACAUUUAAGAGCAUUUAGGUGUUUUAUUCUCCCAUGCUUAGUGGACACAGUUCACCACAUUGACCCGAAUAAAGCUUUUACGGUCAUCCACCAUAUUCCAUCAGAUUCACCGCAUGGUUUGCGGACUCAUCUUUUGUAUAUUGCUGAUGCUAUAGAAAUUCACAUUUAAAGACCCGACCUUCGUACUAAAAAGUAUGUACAAUUCCUCUCUCUAUCUUGAUUAUCAAUAUGAAAGUGAGUUUUAGCUGAAUUUCGAUUCACUCCAUUCAUUCAUGAUAGGUCUGCUAAUUGAACGCUAGGUCUAAUUUCCUAGCUGUUUCCAUUUUUUUCUGGUUGAAUUCACUUGGCAAAUUAACCACAAUAGAAAGCAGCGAAGUGCAAACCAAAGACUGGUGAUAAGGAUUUAUUUGACUGCCAAAAUAAAUCAAUGAUUUAUUGAUUCACCACUUUUUAUAUGAUUCAUUUAAUUACAUUUAAAGUCAGAUUUGUCUUAAGUGAGCUAGAUUGUAUUUAAAAAUGAUAAUUCAGUAAGUUACUGUGUGAACACAUAUUUACCAUGUUACGCAAUUAAGCAUCUACAAUCCUGCUUGAGAUGUAAUUAUAUUUCACGUAUGAUUGGAAAAAAAUCAAUUUCAUAUAUCAUUCGCGCUCCAGCUGAUUUCUCGCCACUUCUAAAAAAUAGAAAAUUUUAUAAUCUCUCACAUUUGUGUUCUCACAUAUUAUCGAUAUCUGUUCGUUGAUAAUCGACUUUUUCAAAAUACUUUGUUAAUUGUUAUUAAAUAUUAUGUAAUCUAGCGACCGUUCAAUUUGAUUUUUUCGAUUCACGCAAACCAUUGCAUUAUCAGAAUUCUUUCAAUUACUCAGUUAAUCAUUCAAUAUUUUUGUAAUCACAUUAAGAUUAUACAAUUAUGUGACAUGACUACUCGACUAGUAUUAUAUAUAUAUAUAUAUAUAUAUAUAUAUAUAUCAUAAAGCCAUGAUGAGACAUUAAUAAAAAGGAAUUUCUUCGAUCUAUUCGUCUUUUUAUUAAUUAUCUAAAUUGGGAUUUGCACUAUACUAAAGUAUUUGUGUUCAGGCUUUUGUUAGGGAAACAAACCAAAUAUCAUCUAUAAUAUGAUGAUAAGCAAUGGCUGUGAGAAGCAAUGGAUCGAGCAGUGUAGCCACCCUACCCUUUCACUUCUGCGUGAGCAUCAGCUAACUGUUAUACGUCACGACAUAGCUUCGUUCAUAUCAAUUCAUAUAGAUAUUUAUAGACGUGCGCUCGACUUAGAGGACAGAUAUUUAACAGGAGAAAUAUAAAGAAAACUAAAGAGUAUUUUCAAAGCCGAACACCCCAAUCAUGCAUCAGUCGACCCAGUCUAUCAGCUAUUAAGGAAAGGGCUAAAUAACUCUAAAAUAAAAAAUCAGAAUGGAGGAAAAGUCAGUCAGUCAGUCAGCUACAACGUAGGACCAGGCACAUAUGUGCAUCGGUCCAGGUUGCCAUACCGCAUCAGCACAACAGGAUGAACACCGGAUUCACAGCAGUGGUUAGGUCAAAGGUGGUAAUAUAUAAGAGAAAGAUUGCAUAUAGAGAUAUAGUACAAGAAGAAAGAAUUGGUUCGUAGAAGGAAAGAUAUGAAGUGAUUUUAAUCUCUUAGUUUAAGGGAAGACAGGGAGUGUAUACACCGACGCCAUUGUGAUCGAUUCUGAGCCAUGUCACCAAGAGUCUCCAACCAUUGGUUACGAUAGUCACGCGGACCUCAACCAAGUAGUCUGCAUCUCCCAACAUGGCUCAGACUAGAAGUUAGUGACUUCAAGCACUGAUGCCACGUUUUGGUUUGGCCGCCCCUAACUUUCUUCCAACCAUCUCCAAUACCGGAUAGCAUUGCACGUCGUGGUAGUCGGUGUUCAGGCAUACGUAACACGUGGCCCAACCAUCUCAGUCCAUGUAGAUUCACAGCCUCAUCAACUGAUUUACCAUCAUUCCCUAAUACCCUGCGUCUAACCUCACUAUUACUUACCCGGUGAUCCCAGCAGAUGCCAGCAAUAUUUCUGAGGCAUCUGUGGUCAAAUACUAAUAGCUUACGAGUGUCUUCUACUCUUAAUGGCCAUGUUUCGCUACCGUAAAGUAAAACAGAACGGACUGCCGUGCAGUAUACCCGUCCUUUUAUUGAUAGACGGAUAUCUCGCCUUCGCCAAAGGUGACGCAAGUUGGCAAAAGCCAAUCGAGCUUUUCGAAUCCGUGCUGAGAUUUCGUCAGAUACCAACCCAUUAGGGCUGAUCAGACUUCUAAGAUAAGUGAAGUUGUCAACGCGUUCGACUACUUCACUCCCUAUCCUUAGUUCAGGUGUUGACGCAGACCAGUCCUGAAGCAACAACUUGCAUUUCGAGGGAGAGAAGCGCAUUCCAAACAUUCUGGCAUUGUUGCUCAGUGCUACCAGAAGACUCUGAAUUUUGUCAGCGUCUUCACCAAACAGGACUAUGUCAUCUGCGUAUUCUAAGUCGAUAAGUGGACCUCCUGGAUGGAGAUCAAUACCCGAGAACUCAGUCGACGAGAACAUUAUUUCCAGCAGUAGAUCUAUGAUGAAGUUAAACAAAAAUGGGGAAAGUGGACAGCCUUGACGGACACCACUUGAAGUUGCAAAAGUAGAUGACAGUUCACCAUAAGCUCUCACUCGACUAUUAGUGUUCGAGUAAAGAGCCUUCAAAAGGUUUAUGUACUUCUGAGGUACGCCUUUCAAUGACAGACACUGCCACAGAAUCUCGCGGUCUACCGAGUCAAAUGCUGCUUUUAAGUCGAGAAAGACCACCAUUGUCGGACGCCGAUAAGUAUGCCUGUGUUCUAGAAUCUGACGAAUGGUGAAUAUGUGGUCGAUGCAGCCACGACCAGGUCUGAAGCCAGCUUGGUUCUCUCGUGUUUGCAGUUCACGAGUCUUAGUUAGGCGUCUGAUAUUUAUCGAGGCUAGUAUUUUAGAUAUUAUAUUAGUUAAACUAAUCCCUCUGUGGUUGUCACAGGAUGAUUUUGACCCUUUCUUAUAUAUUGGGACGAUAAGUGAUUGUGACCAGUUAGAUGGAAUAACGUCUAACUCCCAGAUCCUAGCUAAAAUAUUAGUCAACCUAAUCGCUAAAAUUGGACCAUCAUCCUUAAAGACCUCUGGAGCCAAUCCAUCUGGACCAGCUGCCCUUCCUCGUUUCAGAUUAACUAUAGCUUUUUGAACUUCAGCAAGAGUUGGGGGACCUACUUCAAUGUUCCAUUCACACUGUCUGGGAAUGGAGGGUAGUUGUAGAGUAGCUGAUGGCCAGCUGAACUGUUCUCUGAAAUGUUCCGCCCAUCGUUCUAAACGCCUGGACUGGGAGCAGAUGAGAGUAUCGUCUUUUUCUGAUAUAAUCUCACUUACACUUAUUAAUUCCAGUUUCUUUUAUUAGUCUGUAAAGCUGUCUUGUGUUCCAUCUCUUUUGCUUUCAUUGCCCACCACUGCUCACGGUCGUUUCUUAGACUUUUUCUUAACCUAGAUCUGAUUUGUUGUCGCUCUUCAUCAUGUUCGGAACCUGAUGAGACGAGUUUGCGAGAAUCCAUCAGUGUGAUAGACUUUGAAGAAAUCCAUUGGUUCUUUGUAACCCUUUGGUUUAAAUCACUGAUAGAUGUCACUGCUGUUUCCACAGCUGUUUGUAUGGCUUUCCAAGCAACAACUGGGUCAACCUCGUUUUCAGAACUACCUAAUCGUGACCUCAGUUGUUCCUGGAACCUACUUUUGGUUUCCUCGCUACUCAGUUCGGUUCUAAUGGGUCUUUUUACUGUGGCUUUUUUGCGUCCAGUGAGGCGCAAGCAGAUGCGUGCCCGUAUUAGGGCGUGGUCGGAGUCCAAGCAGGUACUCCAGAAUGAGCGACAAUCUUGUACCGACCCUCUCCAACGAUGACUGAUGGCAAUAUGGUCUAUUUGAGUCCAUCGUUGGUUUAGUGUAGGGGGUCGCCAUGUUAGACGAUGUCUCUGCUUUUGCUUAAAAUUUGUGUUUGCUAAAAAUAAGCGAUUGUCUGAGCACAGUUGCAGCAGACGGUCACCAUUAUCUGUUCGCUAUGCUGGAAUGCUAAAAUAUCCACCUAAAUGCCUUUCUGUUUGGUUUAAGCUACCUAUCUGAGCAUUAAAGUCACCCCCUAUGAGUACUAUGUCUGAACGUUUAGCUUUCUGAAGAAGUUCAGAAAGCUUUCUGUAAAAUUCAUCUUUCACAUCAUCUGAGCUGCAGUCAGUGGGAUCAUAGGCAGAAACGACGAAAAGGCAACGACGUGUAUCCCUAUCCUUCCGAGUUCUUACAGAGCCGUUUAGCCGAACAGCACAUAGACGACUGUUGAGGGGGAUCCACUCUAGCAGUGCUUGUUCCGCCCUCAUGCUUAGUGCUAUGCCUACACCUGCCAGUCCACGAGAACUGGCCAUCGGGUCACCAGAUACACGUAGGGUGUAUCUCGUUGGCUCUACGUUUUGCCGAGGUGAGGUCAAGUGAGUGACCACACUGGAAUCCUGUAUGCGUGUUUCGGAGACACAGCAUACAUCAAUGGAAAGAGACUCUAGGGUUUUAGCCAAGGAAGCCUGCUGACCGAUUUGACAUAGAGUGCGUACGUUGAAGGCUCCAAUGUGUAGUUUGGAGCGAGGUUUCAGUAGACCUGGGACAGAGUUUUGAGCACUAGAAUCGUUGGCUAUGGUGACACUUGAGGAGGAAGCCGAAAGAGGAAGUUUAGAGUGGAAAGUCGAUGUAGGAGGAAUAAAAGGAAUUGAAGAGGAAGGUUGAUUAUGAAUACAGUGGUCUCGAGUGCUGUUAGAGGUAUGAGGGCGGUUAUCGCUUCCCGGUUGCCCACACCGAGGAAGGGUUCUUCUGGAGGUACCUGAAAAGGAAAUUGGAUUAGAGGUGGUCUCAGUGACUUGAGAGCGUGACCGCAGUGCCCAAAGGACAACUGCUUGAGGCCGGUCGCGCACGGCCUUUUCGUGGGA